UUAUAAGACGCUCAAAGGUACAUAAAAGAAAAUAAAGAAAAGAAAAUUCAUUGAUAAAAAAUAAAAAGAAUUUUUAAUUCUCAAAUAAAUUUCAUCAGUCAGAAUAUGCAAGAAGGCGUAAUGUGGCUUCAACUUUAAUACCUUUUUUCCCACGGCUUUGUUUUUCAUAGUGAUAUGUACGAUUCUGAUGCAUAUGAAAGUACAAUGUGAUGGAAUGAUGAAUGUGUCGUGAAUAUAAGGAAGACAUAUGCAUGAAAGCUUUGAAUUAGAAUCAGAUACCGUCAAAAGAAAAAUGAAAAGUGUAAUGGAAAUGAAAUAAGUUUUAAAAUUUACAGAGCGAGAAAAGGAAAGAAAGAAAGGUGCAGUUCUGAAUAAGAUUUUAUCAGUGCCACUAUCUAAAUGAUGAUGUACUUGGAAUUAUGAUGAGACACAUGUGUUAGUAUAUGCACACAAUGGAUAUCCCAGGAUAUUUAAAAUGGGCCUCAGUAGAAUAUUGAAGUCCUUUCCAACAAUUUCGUUUGCGUGGUUUUAUUUGUUUAUUAUGCUGGAAAAUGCUGACGCAAAAAUAGGAUAUUUUUGGCAUAUAACAGAUUUACAUUUCGACUCCGCAUAUUCAACUAAAGGCGAUAUCGUUCGAAGUUGUUGGCAUACGGAACAUCAUCAAAGCACAUCGCGUGCUCCAGGAUACUACGGUGACUAUUUAUGUGAUAGUCCAUGGACCCUUCUCGAAACAGCAUCACAAGCGAUGAGAGAGAAACAAGGAGAUAAUGUCGAAUUUGUUCUUUGGACCGGAGACGGCUUAUCGCAUUCAGCAAGACGAUCAUCAGAGUCGCACCGAUUGGAACUCUUGAGAAAUAUUACCGAACUUUUAGGACGCACUUUUCCAUCUCAAUUUGUUUUUCCUGUUCUUGGACAUGAGGAUGUUCAAAACAACGAUUAUAAAGAUUAUAAAAACUUCCUUGUGAGUCUAGGAAACAUUUGGAGACAAUGGCUGCCUCUGGAGGCACUUCAAACAUUUGAGAAAGGCGGUUACUACACCAUUGAACAAACGAAGAGUCGACUUCGGAUCGUCGUGCUUAAUACAAAUUUCAUGAGGCACGAUUUCAAAUACUCUCAAUCACAUUUAUCGGCCGUUAGACAACGUCCUGAUGGUUCAGUACUUGGGCAGCAACAGUACAACAUGGGCUAUCAUCGGAAGCAUUAUCAUCACGAUAAUGACGAACAUAAUACUAACAAUAAUUUUAAUAGAUAUAAUAAAGAUAGAUACUAUGGAUCGCAUUCAAAUAGUGACGAGGCGAGAUUGAACUUACAAAAUGGCGCUGGUGAAAACGGUGCUAUUGUGAGUGCUUUGUCGGUGUCGCAUGAGUCCGAAAAACAGUGGGAAUGGUUGGAGGAUGUACUGGCAAAAUCAAAUAGAAAUAAAGAAACUGUAUAUAUCGUAGGACACAUGCCUCCUGGUAGUGACGAAAGGCAAAUUGGAAUCAUUCCUAAUGGUCACACAACCUACUCGGAAAAAAACAAUUUAAGAUAUCUAAGGCUGAUACGAAAAUAUUCAUCGAUUAUUCAGGGACAGUUUUUCGGUCAUCUACAUUCGGAUUCUUUCAGAAUUGUGUACAAUGACAUGGGAAAGCCAGUAAGUUGGAUCAUGAUCGCUCCAUCAAUAACACCAAGGAAAAUGCUUGGCGGAUCAAACAACCCAGCCAUGCGACUAUAUAAAUUUGAAACUGAUACAGGCCAAGUUUUAGAUUAUACUCAAUAUUAUUUAGAUUUAGAAUCAGCAAAUUCUAGAAAGGAUGGAGCGCCAGCAUGGCAAUCUGAAUACAACUUGACAACUUAUUAUCAUGGAUUGGGAGAGAUAUCUCGAGAAAUAUCAGCCGUAUCACUCCACAACUUAGCUGACAGAUUUACAAAUCCCGAAGAUAUUUUAUUCUCGAAAUAUUAUCGCGCCAAUUCGGUGAGAUUUCCAACACAGCCUUGUGAGGGCGUCUGCUCAUUGAAUCAUUAUUGUGCAAUUACAAGAAUUGAUUAUCGUGAAUAUCGGCAAUGCUUAGAGACGGCAGCCAGCGCUUUAGCAUCGAGAACACGAUCCAACCAAGAUGAUCUCAAUAACAAGAUUUUAUUGCUUUUAAUUGCUUUUAUUCAAUUAUUUGUUCAUCAGCAAUUUGUCUCGACGCAAAUAAUAUUAAACGCGAUUUGUUCUAAGUUGAAUGUUGUUCAAGGAUUCAAGAACGCAGUUUCCAUUUUCAAAGUCAUGAAUUUAAAGAAAACUCAGAAAAACUGUUGAAAGAAAACUUGAAAGAAAAAAGGAAAAUUAGUUUAAUGAGUCUCAGAAGACAAGUAAAGUAAGUCAGAGGUAAGACACGCAAGUAAGUAGUUGUGAGAAUGAUAAACGCUUAGUUUGUAAAUAAGUAUGGAGCUGAUGAAAUUUUACAAAAGAAAAUGAAUAAAUAUUCUAAAACAUUAAUGGUUUAGAUAUGGAUCAAAAUGUAAUUAAGCAGCAAUUUGUCUACGAAAAAAGGAAAGAAAUAUGUUCCUUUUGUAGCGUAACAAAUUGUGUGUUCGUGAGCUGUGCUGCGCACGCUAAACUUUUUAUUUCUAUCUCUUAAGUGACAAUUUAACUGCUCAACAUUUGUCGUUAGACUCGUGAUUUGUGAUGAAAAUUAUUUGAAACAUUAAUAAAAUGAUUUAUGAAUGAAUCGUUUACAUAAUAAUUCUUCUUCAACAUUUAUUAAGUACAUAUACAUAUUUGUAUUAUGAAAUGCGUAGCAUAAAACAUAAAUCCCCAAGCAUCAUUUUUUUUCUUCUUAAAAAUUUCAUUUAAACGAUUCAUUCAUACUUUUUAAUUAAAUGUAUUAAAAAUAGCAUCAGUUAAUGGAUGGGAAUCAAAGAAACUUUAAAGAUCUUUUCACAUCACAAAUUUAUGUCUUAAUUCUUAGUGUGUUAUCCACGUUGAAUUUAAAUUAGAAUGAUUUUAUUUUUGUUAAAUUGAAAAACAAAAACAAAAAUCCUUUUAGGAUUGGAAGCUGAAAGAAUAAAUGAGUACUUUGUAGAAAGAAAGCUACCAUUUGAGAGAAGGAAAGGAAAACAAAUAAAUAAACAACAAAAUUCGAUUUUAUUUUUAACCUUAGAAGAAAAGAAAGUUUCCUUUCGUGCUCUGCUCCUUCUCGCAAUCCUUAGUUUUAAACCGAAUAAGUGUUCGAUUUGAUUUCUUUUCCAAUCAAAGACAUUGAGCUUUUUUCUUUUUUUUCAUCAAUCCCUUUUGUUUGUAUCUUGUUGAAAUCGAAUGCUAUUGAAUUGAAAAAACAUAAAACUAACGAAAAAUAAGUUUAACUGAUUUUUCUAUGAUUGCUUUUCCCUUGGGAAAAUUCCAAUAAACGGCAAAAAGACUCGUUUCAUCCGCUCUGAAGAGAAAAUUGAAAACUCUAUCAAAAAUAUCAGGAAACACUUUAUGUUUAGAUUAACUUUUUUUAUCAUGUUGAUUUAUUAAAUGUGCUAUAAACAAACGUAUAUCUAAAUAUUUAAUUUAAAGCUGUUAAGUCUAGUUGUAAAAAUUUCCGAUAACUUAUUUGUAUUAAAAUAUGUAAAAAGAAAUUAUGCUACUUAAAAUAAAUGUUUUUAAUUGAAAUCAUAAUUUAAUUGAGUUUUUAUUUAGAUCACUAUCAUGCCUGUUAAGUUUUCUAUUAAAGGUAGGAAAUUCUUAUAAGCAAGCAAUUUUUCUCCGAGAACUUUUAUGACGAUAAUUAUAUCCAAGUUAAAAAUAUUUUCAGCUGAAGUUUGUACUGUAGAUAUUUGGUCUCCAUUUUUUGAAUAGUGCU